GAACUUCACAAUCAGGCUCGACAAUUGAUUGCGUUGGGUCAAAUGAAUCUGGGGUCCCCGGGUCCUCAGCCAGCUGGCACGAACCUCCGCGAGAUGUCUUGGAACGACGACCUCGCGCGGAACGCGCAGCGCUGGGCGGAGCAGUUAAAGCCUGGUUAUGAUUGCAAUGCCGAAUUCAUGCCGAACAAGCCUUGCUGCUUCGUCCCAGGCUACGACUCUGCUGGCCAAAACAUAUACGACAGAAAUAACAUAACUCUGCCUCAGACGGAAGCGCUUCUCACACAGCUAUCUUUGACGAUGUGGCAAGAUGUAAUCACAGAAUGGUUCUCAUCUGUUAAGUUCAUGAACGGCUCCAGCUUGACGUUGACAGGGUUUGCUCAACCAUAUACCCAGAUUGUAUGGCAUAACACUAGUCAAGUCGGCUGCGGAGUCUUCGCCAAUUACAAUGAUUGUGCUUCACUUGGCGCGGAGCCUAAUUCCAACUGCAUCAAGAUCGUCUGCAACUAUGCCCCCGCUGGCAAUGUGAUCAACCCAGACGGUAUUCGCCAGCCCCCCUACAGCACUACCGAGGGCUGCGUCACACCCUCCACCAAAUACCCGGGGCUUUGUGCGAACUGAAAACGCCAUCAGAGCGACAGGAGUUGAUGUUCUUUGAUAGGAAAGAUCUAUUCUUUAUUUGGUCUAAACUUAUUCCCGAGGGCUGUUUAGUGUUGUUUCAGGAAAGAGCUACUUCCUUAUAGAGCAGUUCAACACUAAAAACUUUUGUGUCUCGGACUUAUCACUUUGCCUCCAUCUCAAAAUGGGUCUUUUUUCGGACAAAUUGCGCGAUUUAGUGUUUGCAAUUGCGCUGGCCGGCAAAAAUGUAUGAUGGCGGUUCGUCUUUAUUGCAUUUUGCAAAAUACGGUAAAAAGGAAAACUGUUUUUUUGCACUUAAACCUGCAAAUUUAAUAGUAAAUAUUGAAUUGUGGGCCUCUUUUGUUCCUUAUUUGUCCGCAGACUUGGGGGCGUUUUUUUUUGCCAAAUUGUAACCCCGAUCUCACCGAUAACAGUCACAACCAAAGGAAAAUGUCACUUGGCUCAUGGGUUUCAUUUUGAAAACAUAUUUUUUAUUUUGCAGUUUCCUUCCUCUUUCAAGUUUCUGCGAGUGCCCACUUUUGCUUGAGUAAAUUUUUGUUGGUGAUUAAA